UGAAAAGCCAAGUAAGAAACUUGGCAAUUAUCAAGUGCCAGGCUUACUGUAGGAGGUAUUUGGCCUACAAACUAGUCAAAUGGAUCAAAUCUGUGUCAGGUCUUAGAUACAAAAUCGCCCACGAAAUAUACACUUCCGAAGUCACUUAUUUCGAGACUUUAAACACUCUAGUUGAGAGAUUCGCUAAACCACUGCAGCAGGACGCGGAUGGCCCCUCCAAAAUGAUCACGAAGACCGAGGCUCGUCAGCUAUUCUCGCAGUUUCCGGUAUUUAUAGGCUUUUCGAAAAAACUUCAGGCCUUACUGAAGCCCAGAAUUGAGUCGUGGAACCUGAACACAACGAUCGGAGAUGUCUUCGUUCAAAUCGUAUGGUUACUGAUCGAGUUAAUCUUAUCUCUCUGCACAGAGCAAUUGAGCUUACUUUUCUUAAGGCUUUUUUUUUCAAAGGCUAUUCUCAAUACUUCAACAAUUACAAGAGCUGUUUGCAAACCAUUUCGAGGCUGAGAGACACCAAUUCUAAGUUCGCGUCGUUUUUGAAGGAGCACGAAAUCAUUGACGGGCAUAUCAUUCCGCUCGAACAGUACAUGAUUACGCCCGUACAGCGCAUUACUCGCUACGAGUUGCUUCUGCAAAAUAUGGUCGCGAACACGUGGAAAACUCACAAGGACUACGACGCGCUGGUGCAGGCGUUGAAUCACAUCGCAAAAGCCAAUGAUCAAGUUAACGAGAUGAAGAGACUCCGCGAAAACUAUGACAAGCUGAUAGAGAUUUAUAAUCAGCUCAGAGUUGGAAAGAAGUGCAACUGGGACAAAAUCAUGCUCAUGAAGUACAGCAGUAAGCGGAGGUUUUUGCGCGAAGGCAACGUCUUUCAACAUACAGCCAAAAAUCAGUCGGUGAAGUUCUUUUGCAUCUUGUUCGAAGACUUGAUUCUUUGGACCAAACCGAAGAAGUCCAUGUUGGUGCUGAAAUAUUGUACUCUUUUGGAAAACGUGAAAAUAGAUUUGAGGUCUGAAUACAGCCAACAGUGGGACUAUAUUUACACAAUUCACAUAAAGACGCCGUCUGAACACCUAAUUAUUCGAGGCGAAACGGACACAGAAACGCUUGAUUGGAACAAAGACCUAAGACGUUGUUCGAGUCAAGUCGCCAGUACGUCGCGGGACGCCAACCCCCAAACCGUUCAAAGCGUCGCGCACGGCUCUGAGAAGAAGGGCCAUGAUGUGGCUGAGGAGGCCGCGGCUUCGGAGAUGCCUCAAGACGCCACGUCUGAAGAUCCUCGCAGACCUCGCGUGAUGCGUGCUCGAUUGGGAUUGACUGGACUGCGUCUUUUAGAGGAUUACAGAAAUUCGUUUAACUUUCAAACUCAAUUGGAGCUGAAGCGCAUUCGAGACUGGCAGUCCAUGCCGGACUCUGGCGAACUCGACGAGUAUCAGAUCUCAAAUGAAGAGAUAAACCGUAUCAUAGACAUGUAUCCAGAAUCAAUAUAUGAGACCUAUUUCGACCUUCAGAAGCUGUUGUUGGAGUUCGAUAUAGGCUUUGAAGUGCCUCACCUCCUGAUAAUAGGUCUAGCAGGCGGAGGAAAAACAUCUCUCCUCGACGUGUUACUGGAUAUCUCUUUGCCGCAGGAAAACCUCAAACGCCCUCUGUAUAUUCAUACCUUCAACAACAAGAAAUACACAGACGAGCCCCUCCUUACCAUACUGAAGGACCUCAAGUUGGACCCUCCUGUUUUAAAGAACGUAACCGUGAGUAAAUCCGAGCUCAAAAAUGAACUUUUGCGUCGUGCUACCGAGGACUACAGUGAAAAUCCGAUUCACCUCCGCUACGAACAUGCCCGAAUUUUGAACGCUGUGCUGGUCGAUACUCCCGGGCUGGACGUCCAUCAGUUCUAUGACGAAGAAGGCACCUCCGAGAACAACAGCCAUUCAACCUCGAAGCCAACCGUUCGCAGAAUCUGCUACAACCUAGCCAAGCAACCCAAAUUCCAGCUUCUCUUCGUAGAGGAAUGCAAAAGUAAGAAUUUGAUGAGUGCCAUAGAAGACUUGACAUCGGUCGUCGAUCCAACAUUGAAUCGCAGUUUUUUUGUCUAUUCGAAAUUUUAUCACAAACUUCGUGAUUUUUAUUGCACAGCCGACCUGAACUCGUAUCUUAGCUCCCUUGUUUCUGCCGCCCCCGCUUUUUUCGUAACACUGCCGUCUUUUUGCUCCUCCUCCGCUACAGACACCGGUUCCCAACAAAAACGAAUUGCUCAAGCCUACUUGCGCGACUUGGAGGCGCUUCACCUCUUACAGUACGACACUCGAUACGACAAAAAUAUCGGUGUUUACAACCUGAAAUUUUUUUUUAUGGUCUGGCAAAAUAAAUUUUCGAUUCGACAAUUUUCGGGUUCUCUAAACGAAAUAGCCGAGUUGGAAGCCUCCACCCUCGACAAGUACAAGCAAGUGCAGGAAUCGAGGAAGCUCUUGAACCUACCUGAGCUGCGUUCUUUGAGCAAUUCACUCGCCUACCACUUCGCGCAACUCUUGCAAAAUGCGUGGAAAAACACUAGCAUCAUUAACUCCCAAAUUUAUGGACAGACCUUAGAAGACGAGGAGUAUCAACAAGACUACAGGUGUCGCCAUUGGAUAACUGGCCAAAAUAACCUGAUUUUCCUCAGCGACAAAGCGUUAAGCAAGAUUCGUUACAAAAACUGCAGGCUAUACGGACUGCCUCAACUCCGUCGACUUCUCGCUGUUUUUCACGCCGUCGUUCGCCAGUUGGACGUGGGCCAUGUCGACAUGGAAAGAAUUCAUCUGUUCAUCAAGCAGAACCGCUGCUUCUACGCCAACGACUAUUUCGACGUAUUGUACGAUAUCGCACACGAACGCGUGAAACAUGCGCUCUCUACUCUUUUGAGGCCCUUUUGCAAGCGUAUCGUCGGCAUUUUUCGCAGACUAGGUUUCAUUGCCUAUCACCUCGUUUCCGACAAGAAUUUGGCUCCUCACAAAGAGUACCGAAACUUUCAGACGCUCAUUAAUCACGUCUACGCUACCUACAACUAUCAAAUUGCGCAAUUUGAACUUCAGUGCCUAUCCAAUCUGCAGAACUUAUUCACCGAACGAAUCAAGCUCAACUACCUGGACUACCUAGACGACCUCCUGCUUUCCGAUGCAAACACCGAAGACACAACGAAGGCCAACCUAAACCUCAUUUCCAGACUCUUUGUCGAUAUUUCCGAGCGGUUUUGCGACAAUAUCAACUCUGCCUGCUGCCUCACUCUGGCGCCUAAUACACUGAAGUCGCUCUCUCGGGACAUUCUGAACCACGUGUCUGAGCUCACCAACGCACAGAUCGAACAAAUUUUUUGUCUGAAUCUGCUCUUGGAGCCCUUGGACACAAAGCAACGCGCUCUUGAAAAGUCUUUACGAAGAAUUCGGCAGCUUCGCUCGGAGUUCAGCGCGCAAUACAAAAUGUUUCAAUCUUGCUCCGAGACCUAUUCCAAAUCGAGCCUUUCUAUCAAGUACCAGGUUUGUCACCAAAGUACCGACUCGGAGCUCCAAAAGGGUGCCGAUUGAUUCACCUGCAUCUCCGACGAUGACCCCUGCCGCCGUACCCGUCCGUGUGCCGUGGGAGUCUCGUUUGAUGCGUGCCGCGCAAUAGGAAUUUGGGGCGU